AUGACAAGAGAGAGCAAGAAAAGAGGGAAAAAGGUGAAACAACGAGUAAGAAAGUAUAGGGAAGCACUAAAAAGUAAUCUAGAAAGAUAUGAAGAGGCUAAAAGGCUAGAGAGAGACAGAUACCAAAGAAGGAAAGAACAGGGCAAAAUAAAAUCCAUCAAUGAUCUGACCCCUCGGCAGCAGAGAAAAUUACGAAAAGGCUCUAGAGCUAGAAGUAAAAAAAGUUACGACAAGAAACGUAAGGUACAGGAACCCGUGCAGGGAACAAUGCGGCCGCACUCGAUGCGUGAGAAUUCUAUGCAAACCCCUACGCACCAAAAUAUUUCGGAGACGCCAACAUCAGCAAUAUUGACAUCAGGUAAAAGAAGAUCAAGAAGAAAUAGAAGAAAGAUGAGAUUAGAGAUUCAAAAACUAAAGAAAGAACUUACAACAGAAAAAUCUAAGAAAGAAAAAUAA